UACCACCAUGGCGAAAUGCUGGCUGCUGCUGCUGCUCCUCUUGGCGUUUCUCUUGCCGGCGGCGCACACUAAGUCAUGCCACCCUAACGACCUCCGUGCGUUGCGGGGCUUUGCCGGGAACCACGGUGGCGGGGGCGUCCUUCUCCGUGCCGCGUGGUUUGGCGCCUCGUGCUGUGACUGGGAAGGUGUGGGUUGUGACAGCAGCAGCGGCCGUGUCACGGUGCUACGGCUUCCCGGGUAUGGCCUCGCGGGGCCCAUCCCCGGGGCCUCCCUGGCGGGCCUUGCGCAGCUGGAGGAGCUCUUCCUCGGCUCCAACUCUUUCGUUGGUUCCCUCCCCGAGGAGCUCUUCAGCCUCGCUGGGUUGCGGAAGCUCUCCCUCGAGUCCAACGAGCUCACUGGUAAGUUGAGCUCACGCCUUGGCGAGCUCAAGAACCUCACCUUCCUGAACUUGUCGGUCAACCGCUUCUUCGGCCGCCUCCCUGACGUGUUUGGUGACCUCAUGUCGCUCGACCAUUUGGCCAUGGACUCCAAUGGCUUGUCCGGAUCUUUGCCGCCGUCUCUGUCAUCACUGUCUUCUCUCAGUGAGCUCAACCUCCGGAACAACUCCCUGUCUGGUCCGAUUGCUCGUGUCAACUUCUCCGGCAUGCCACUUCUUGCUUUAGUUGACUUUUCGGCAAAUAACCUGAGUGGGUCUCUCCCGGUUAGCCUCGCGGAUUGUAGCGCGCUCAAGUUGCUCACCCUUGCCAACAACCAAUUGGUUGGCACCAUCCCGUCAUGGAUUGGUGAGCUUGACAACCUUCGCUGCUUGGAUGUCUCAAAUAAUUCAUUUGCUGGCGAGGUACCGAAGGGUUUGACAUGCCUCAAAUGCCUCGCCACCGCUGAUCGUUCAGUGGGUAUGGCUUUCACUAACAUGCCAUUGUAUGCGAAGCGUAACAGAAGAGUACUCCAACAACAACCAAAUGUCUUAUCUGGGAGCAAUAAUACUGUCAGAUCGGGGGGUGGCAAUGUUCUAUCCGGAGACAACAACACUGUCAUAUCUGGGAACAACAACACUCUAUCUGGGACCAACAACACAGUCGUAUCUGGGAGCAACAACGUCCUAACUGGCAGCAACCAUGUUGUAUCUGGCAGCAAUAAUGUUGUAAGUGAUACCAGCCAUGUCGUAAAUGGGAGCAACAAUACUGUAUCCGGGAGGAACAAUAUGGUAACCGGGAACAACAAUACCGUAUCUGGGAGUAACCAUGUCGUAUCUGGGAACAACAAAGUCGUAACUGGAGGUUAAUGAUCUGUCAGUGGAUUGAUUCCAUCUUCCCUGACGGUGCUCAUCACCUUGUCCAGGUUCAGUGUGGCUUACAAUCACUUGGUGGGGCUAAUCACGUUUGUAACUUCAUGGAUAUAGCAUCCUAUUCCUACUUCAAAUAAAAGUACUCCCUAAGAUGUCUACAGUUUUUUCUUUACAUAGAAAUGCUGACCUGAACAGCAAUAGGCGGCUUAUAGCUGAUGUAGACCAAGCGUGUUUGCUUAUAUACAAAUAUUGCAU